CCGCGCCGGAGGACUGUCGUCGUGGCAGUCGGACCGCCGCGCGCCGCAGCUGCGACACCCCGGGACCCGUCAGCCGCCACCCUGAACCGCCUGGCGCGCGCCCGAUGCCGAAGUUCUCUGAUGACUACGUGUUCCAGCUGCGCCGCAAGGCAUCUCGCUUGUUGUCUCUAGUCGACCUGCCCAUUGGCCCCACCGCCUCCGACCUGCGCCACCACCAGAUGGCCGGAGGUCAGGACCCCAAGUGGCAGAAGGAUGCCGCCGACCAGAACUUCGACUACAUGUUCAAGCUGCUCAUCAUCGGCAACAGUAGCGUGGGCAAGACGUCCUUCCUGUUCCGGUACGCGGACGACUCCUUCACGUCUGCCUUCGUGUCGACGGUCGGCAUCGACUUCAAGGUGAAGACUGUGUUCCGGCACGACAAGCGCGUCAAGCUGCAGAUCUGGGACACGGCGGGACAGGAGCGCUACAGGACCAUCACCACGGCCUACUACCGCGGCGCCAUGGGCUUCAUCCUCAUGUACGACAUCACCAACGAGGAGUCCUUCAACAGCGUGCAGGACUGGGUGACCCAGAUCAAGACGUACUCGUGGGACAACGCGCAGGUCAUCCUGGUGGGCAACAAGUGCGACAUGGAGGACGAGCGCGUCAUCAGCUUCGAGCGAGGCAAGCAGCUGGCCGAGCAGCUGGGCAUCGAGUUCUUCGAGACGUCCGCCAAGGAGAACAUCAACGUCAAGGCCGUGUUCGAGAGGCUGGUGGACAUCAUCUGCGACAAGAUGUCGGAGAGCCUGGACUCGGACCCCAACCUGAUGAGCGCCGGGGCGAAGGGCACGCGGCUCACGGAGCAGCCCGCGGGCCCGCAGGCCGGCAACUGCAACUGCUAACCCGGCGCCUCCACCAAGACACGCCGGAGUCUCUGUCCCCCCCACCAUGGAUGUCCAAGCUACACUCUCAGAACGAGAUGCGCGGGAAGGUAUCAAAACACAAAUAUAUUAAUAUUCAAAAGCGCAAAUAAUGGGUAGACUCGAAACAAACAAAAAAAGAAAAAAUAAAGAAAAUUAAAUAUGCAUAGUUGAAAGGAGGGCGUAAAUUAAGGAAUAAGGAAAUAGUAAUCUUUUGUGUUAAUAAGAAUGUCGUUGUUUGCUGUUUAAAAAUGUUUCGCCAACUUAACUUCUUCGACUGUAUGUUUCUGACGACCACAAUGGAAAAUACAAUGAAUGUGCCUCCAUAGAAAGCAUGUUUGAAGCGAUCGUUGUAUAGUAUUUUGAACCACCGUAAGAGUGGCUACAGGGCCAGUCUUUGAGACCAGGGUCAAUAACAGUGUUCUUAGAUCUUUUGUAAGCCUUUUGAUUAGGAUCUCCCUUUCAAAACCUCAUUUCCUUCUCUUUAUACUUCCAAAAUAUACAGUACAUAUUUUGCAGAUAUUUUCAUAGCAAAGAUAAAUGUGCUACAUUUCCACAGUUUAUGUUGGCCUACAGUGCAGGGUACACAACAGUUAAUUUGUUGGUUUCUCGUUUUAUAUGGGGUGUAUUCAUUAAGUCAGAUAUAGCUUUUGGGAGCAUCACUUUUCUGAUAACCUUAAGUGUAAUAUACGAUUGCAUGCCAUAUUAACCAAAAAUGAGCUGUGAUAAUGUUAAUAUUUCAUGUUGAAUUAUGUACGCAUUCAAAAUUUAUGAAUGGCAGCAUUCUGUAAAAUAAUUUGACUUUUAGUUUGUCGUGGAUCAAAAUGCUAAUCCAAAAAAAAAAAGUUCAUCUUGUCCAUAUUUCCCAAUAGUACGUAUCGUAACUGUGUACAACUGUAAAUUCCAAAGUAACAUCUGCUUUACUGUGUGAUGUUUGUAGUCAAAUUUUGUUCUGAUUAUGCACUAUGGUCCCACUUCUGUGUUCUUAUGCCUUAAAGUUCGAAUAUGACUUCCUGUUUGAACACAGGAUCUAACGAAAACUAAGUGAGUUCACUGAAAAUUAAAGGCAGAUCAUUUCACAUCAAAACCCUUUGAUAUUAACUGCGAAUUCUUUGAGUAAAAACAUACUAAAAGCUAUAUAAACAAACUGUCAAUCAAAUUGUGGUUGAGGUUUGUUACAGCAAAUAUUUUUAUCAAAAACCUAAUGGAAAUGUAUAACCGACUGUUAUGUGGCAAUAUAUAUUGUAUACAUAUAUAUUAGUCAUACUAUUAGCAAUAUUAUCUUUAAAAAAAAAAUCUCUUUAAAAUUACUAAAGUUUGUCUAAAACAAACACAUAAUUUUUGUAAUGUCAAUCUUUAAAAGAAAAAAGUCAUCUGUUAAGUGCUGUUUUAUGUAUCAUCCGUAAUGUGAAAACUUAAUGCAUUGGUAGGAGAGAGUUUAUUACAACUGUUGUUUAAAUUUAGCUGAAUAUGUUUCAUACGUGUGUAACUGGUGGUAACAAUGUCAACUAUAGAUCUACAGAAAUAAAAAAAAAACACAAUGUG